CAUCGAUGCCUGGAAUGUCUGGAAACAAGCCUUAUUUUGUGAAAGGCUUAGAGCCGUUGAAAGUAUCAGAAGGAGGAACCAUACAUCUAGAAGCUACACUACCUUCAGAAUCUGGAUGCGCUAUUAGAUGGAUGAAAGAUGGCGACGACAUCACGAAAAGUGAUCGCACACAGAUCUUGGAGCAGCCCAAUGGUGCCAUUGCUUUAAUCAUUGAAGCUGCAACACCUGAGGAUUCUGGGAAAUAUGUAGUCGUUGCCACUAAUGACGAAGGAAAAACUAGAAGUUCGGCCAUGGUGGCAGUAGUAGGAGCCGGAUUUAAGUUACCCGAGAUCGUUGAUGCUUUAAAUCCAGCUUCCUUCACAGAAGGAGAGCCCGGUAUUUUAAAAGCGAAAGUGGAUGGUGAACCAAAGCCUGAAGUCAAAUGGCUGCUAGACGGAUCACCCUUAGAGCCCAGCGACAGGAUCCAGAUGCAUCAGAAUCCAGAUGGUACAGUAUCUCUAGAGAUCAAAGAAGUCAAACCUGAGGAUGCUGGCAAAUACACACUGUUGGUGUCGAAUCUGGGAGGUGAAACGAGGAGCUCUGCCAACGUUGAUGUCAUUCAGGCACCGUUGUUUGUUAAGUUACUGGAGCCUGUUACUGGAGUUACAGACUGCCCAGCGAAGCUUGAAUGCAAAGUUUCAGGAGAUCCACGUCCUGAUAUCAAAUGGUUAAAAAAUGGCGUGGAAGUUCCAGACGAUGAUAUGAACGUACAAAAGCAUCAUCUGCCUAGUGGUGAAGUGUCCCUAGUUUUUGACAAAUGCAAGCCAGAGAACGCAGGGAAUUACGUUUGCACAGCACGAAACAAGCACGGCGAAAAGUCUUGCGGAGCUCCUCUCCAAGUCAUAAGCAAAGACGUUGAAGGUCAGUCGAAAUCUGCACCGUCUUUCGUAACUCCUCUGAGCGAUCGAACGGUCCAAGAAGGUGGGAAUUUCAAACUGGAAGCCACCGUGUCUGGCAAUCCGCUGCCUGAUAUACAUUGGUUCCUAGAUGACCAACCCCUCUCUUGCUCUGACACCAUUCUGCCAGCAUUUGAUGGAAAAAAGGCUAGUCUUACAGUAUACCGUUGUAAUCCCCGACACGAAGGUACAUACAAAUGCAGGCUUAAUAACCCUGCAGGAGAGGCAGUCUCCAAAGCGAAGGUGUCUGUCGAAGCAUACGAGGCACCUAAAUUCAUCGAACGACUAUCCGACAUGCAGUUUGUAGCGAGUCAACCCAUGAAGUUAACUUGCAGAGUGAAAGGUGUACCUGAUCCAGAGGUUGAGUGGUACUUCAACCGUUCUAAAGUGGAAACAGGUAUCAAAUAUUCGAUCCUGAGGGAAGGAGAUAAGUGCAUCCUUACCCUUCCCCAUCCUCGAACGAAAGAUUCGGGAAUAUACGAAUGCCGGGCGAGAAACAUCGUUGGAAAGGACACAUCCAGUGCAAACAUUUCGAUCUCUGGAGCCGAUGCUGAAGGUGACCCAGCCAUGUUCUUGAAGAAGUUGAAGGAUACUAGUGUCUUGAAUGGUAUGACAACAAAACUCACCGCUUGCAUAUGUGGUUCUCCGAAACCAGAAGUUAAAUGGUUUAAAGACGGUAAUCAAUUAACAGCCGAUUCGCGCCUGACUAUGGAAGCGGAUCGGAACGGUGUCAUCAGACUCAUCAUCAACGGAGCCCAAAAGUCUGACGUUGGCACUUACAGAGUUUCCAUAGCAAACAAAUACGGUAGCGACACCUGUACGGCUACUUUGAGUGUAGAUGGUGAGGACAAACCUAAAGAUGCAGCUAAAAAGGAAGUCCAUAAACCAGCAGUCAUACCAGGACCACCAUCACCGUUACCUCAUGCUCCGUAUAUCUUCAAGAUGAGCGACGACGGAAUAUCCCUUGGAUGGAGGCCAGCUAUUCCCCAGUAUCAUCAAGUUCCUAAUACAUAUCGUUUGGAAAUGUGCAAAAUACCUGAAAAAGAAUGGUCCAAGUACAAAUCAGGUAUUAAAGAUACAUCUUGCGACAUUCGGGAUUUGGUUCCUGGUGCCGAUUAUAUGUUCCGAGUAAGAGUGGAGAACAGAUAUGGAAUAAGUGAGCCCUCCCCUUACGUCACUGCUCACCGAAGUCGCUUAUACAGACCCUUGAGUCCAGCGGAUUUUGCCCCAAAAGAUUACGAACUGGAGCAUCUGAAGUUUGCUAAGUAUGCUGCUGCUCCAAGGUUCCUUCGACAGGAAGAAGACUCAACCUAUGCUAUAAGGGGACAUCCUGCUAGGAUAGAGUUCUGGGUAUACGGUUAUCCUCAACCUAAGAUCACUUGGUAUUUCAAUAACACCCCUGUCCAGACCGAGAAGUAUGAUUUCCUAGAAGACAGAAAUGGCCAAGUCAUUUUAUUCAUAACGCGCAUGGGCGAAAAUGACGUCGGAACUUACACAUGCAAAGCCGAAAAUGAACAUGGCGAAGCCGAGAGGAAAAUCAGACUCAUGAUUGCAGAGCCACCUAUCUUUACCAAACGACUAGAACCGUUGACUGUGAUGAUCCGAAAAGGCGGCGAAUUUAGGUGUCGCGUCAUCGGUGUGCCAUAUCCCAAAAUCAAAUGGUUUAAAGACUGGUAUCCUCUGAGUGAAUCAAGUCGCAUACACAUCCGACAAGAAGAACCGGAUACCUGCAUUUUGACUCUCAGUGAUUCGAUUCUCAAAGAUGGCGGGCUUUACUCCUGUACUGCGACGAACGCUGGUGGAUCUGCUACAACAUCUGCAAUGCUAAGCGUUGAAGAGAGUGAAAAUGAAUACCAUCUCCUCACUUAUCAGAAGCCACAUGUCGUAAAACCCAGUGAUCGACCAUUUGAAGAUUUCUAUGACAUCGGUGACGAACUCGGAAGGGGAACACAAGGUAUCAUCUAUCAUGCGGUGGAGCGUAAGACUGGAAGAAGUUUAGCAGCUAAAGUGAUGCAUGGCACAGGCAAGUUGAUGGACUUCAUGACAGCCGAAAUGGAUAUUAUGAGUCAACUGUCUCAUCCUAGACUAGUGAGGUUAUGGGACGCACAUAGUACGAAGUCAUCCCUCACACUGACUACGGACAUUUGUGGCGGAGGUGAACUUCUACCUCACAUUUUACGUCAAGAAAGGUUGACAGAAAGUAUUGUUGCCCACUACAUAAAACAAAUAUUGGAAGGCCUGCAGCAUAUGCACGAGAAAAACAUCGCCCAUUUAGGUUUAACUAUUGGUGAUGUGCUUUUGACAAGGUAUAACUGUGACAACAUCAAAGUUGGUGAUUUCGGACUAGCCACCCGUCUUUAUCCUGGCAGAGAAUACGUACAAGAGUACGGGCAUCCAGAAUUCGUUGCUCCAGAAGUUGCCAACAAGCAACCAGUCACAUUAGCUGCUGACGUGUGGAGCGUCGGAAUCAUCGCUUAUAUUUUACUUGUCGGCGAUUCUCCAUUCCUCAGAGAGAACGACAGGGAAACUUUGAAAGAAGUGCAGCAAGGAAAGCCAGACUUCUUCCACGAUGGUUUUGUUGUGCUAUCUGAUGAUGCGAGGGAUUUCGUAACACAGCUGCUACAAAUAGAUGCCAGCAAGCGAAUGGAUGUCAGUGCUGCUCUUAAUCACAAAUGGUUACAAUUAGACGCAAUUCCCGAUAAAUGUGAUGAGCUGAAUAAUCUAGACAGACUUCAGGAUUAUUAUAAGAGGUGGAAGUCGUGGUAUGCCAAUGCUUCCUGUCGAUGGUUCUUCCGAAGAAGAACGUUGGAGUCUUGUUUCACGCAUCCCAGUCGCAUGGUCUAUCCUCCAGAAGAAGAAUACACGCCUCCUUCUACUCCCGAUUUGGAACUGGACAGAAGCCGCGUCAAACCAGCAGCCUUCGAUGACGUCACUUACCGACAAAGGAUCGAAAGAGAGGCCAUCGAUCCUCGAUCAGAAAGUCACUACCAGAGUGGACCGGAUACAUUCCUGUUACCACUACGUGAUCCCGAUUUCCCAGUGCGAGUUCGCAGGUAUCUCAAAGUGGGUGCCUACCGCAGCCCACUGUUGGCAAGGCACUUAAAAGACAAACACUGGGGCUACAGCGACGUGGCAGUCAAAGAGCGCCGGAAGUUCACCGAUGUCAUGGAUGAAGAAAUUGACGAUGAGAAGAAAGGACUUUCAAGGUCCGCUAAUUUGAGGUUACGUCACGAAGUAGGAACAGUUGGUUCCGGAUACGAGCACAUAGAAUCCAGGUGCCAGAAAAAGAAGCGAGGCUUUAGAGGAACUGCGGUUGUUUUUCCAGGAACGGCUCCUUACUUCAGAGAAAAGAUCAAACACGCUGUAGUUCGAGAGGAUGAGGAAGCUGUGUUCAACUGCCGGGUGACAGCAUCCCCAGAAGCUCAAGUGUCCUGGUUUAGAAAUGAUGGAAUCCUCAUCGAGAGUUCCAGGAUUAUUAUAACUAAAUGGUCGGAUGGUCGGUGUUCUCUGACUUUGAGACCUGCGAAAGCUUAUGAUGUGGGCGUGUACAAAUGCGUGGCGAGAAAUGCCCAUGGUGUUUCGGUGUGCAGAGCACGAUUGAAUCUCGGAAGUGUAUCUUCAAAACCCGAACCUCCAAAAGCUGAAAAAUGUUCCGAUACAGAAGUAUAUCUAACGUGGCUGCCACCCAAAUUUGAUGGCUUUACUCCUACCUUCGGUUAUGCUUUAGAGUACAAAGAACAAAAUGCUGAAACCUGGACCAAACUCGCCAACAACAUUGCCCACGAAUUUUACCUUGUCCGUAAUCUAACACCAGCUACGACUUACAAUUUCCGCAUCUGUGCAGUUAAUAAGUUUGGUUGGAGCGAAUUCGGUGUUCCUUCGGAAGCUAUAAUGACCCUCGCCGAAUCUGCUCCCAAAAUUGAGUUGGGUAGGGCAGAAAAAUUCCAGCAGGACCAGACGGAUUGCGGACAGGAGCUUAUAAUGGAUACUGCGGACUUGCAGAAGCUAGAUUACGGAAGAGAGGAUGAUCCCUUGGUUUUAGAGCAAGCAGAACCGACAGAUUUAUAUAACUACAUAUCAGAAGUUGCAAAAGGACGCUUUUCACUGGUCAUAAAGGUUUGGCACAAGAAGGUGAAUUCCGCAUUUGUAGCUAAAGCUCUGACUUUAUCAGAUGCCGCUCACCAGGAAUUCGACAUCUACAAAUCGCUUCAACACGAGAAGAUCGCCAAUCUUCACUCUGCCAGUGUCGGCAAGAAUAACAUCUUUUUCGUCAUGGAAAAGCUCUCUGGAAUUGAUGUCCUCACCUAUUUGUCCUCAAAACAACUUUACACAGAAGAUCUCGUUUCCAGAAUAAUUCACCAAGUAAUCGACGGUUUGGAAUAUUUGCACUUCAGAGGUAUUUGCUAUUUUGAAUUGCAACCAGACAAUGUCGUUAUGGAAGACAGACAUCUUCCGAACGUCAAACUUGUAGAUUUCGGCAGUGCUCAGUAUAUGCCAGAAGAGGGCGCUAAAGUCCAAGUUAGAGGCUCCUUCGAAUACUUGGCUCCCGAAAUCCUUAAGGGUGAGGAGGUUCAUACACCGGCCGAUAUUUGGGGCGUUGGUGUUUUGACGUAUAUCCUAUUGAGCGGUGUUUCGCCAUUUGCUGGAGAAUCUGAGAAAGAAACAAAGGACAAUGUCCUUUACGUCCGCUACCACUUUGAUCACCUCUACAAGGAAGUCACGCAAGAAGCCACAAAUUUCCUGAUGCAACUUUUCAAGAGGACACCGCAGAAAAGGCCUACUUGCGAGGAGUGUCUAGAGAAUAAAUGGCUGUUACCGAAUGAGUUCAUGAUCAAAAAGCGGGAGCAUGCUGUGUUCCUUCCUCAUCAUCUGAGAGAAUUUUCCGAGCGGUUCCAUUCCUUGAAGGCGAAAUCCACGCCCGCGCAACUGUUGAACAUUUUUGGAAAGUCCGACUCCAGGUAACAGUCAUCUUUAAAGACCGAUUUGGUGCUUUGGAUGUGAACUUUCUAAACUAAUUGAACUUUUUCUUAUAUUUAUGGGUCAUUCGACUCAUCUUCGAUUUAAAGAAGAAAUCAAAACUGCUGUUAAUGAGCUGUCACUGAUAAGGAAUGAUGUUUUGUGCAUGUUAUGUGUUGUUAAGAAAUAAAUUAAAAUAAACUCUUGAUGUUCUUUUG